GGAGCAGCAAAUAUGGCGUCUCUCAUGUCCUAACGUGAGACAAACUGGAGCCAAAGUUGUGACAAAGCACAAAAAUAACGUCUGUUUUGAGAAGUCCUCACAGGCUGUGAUUCUUCAUGCUGGCGCAGUCAACACAACUGCGCUACAUCAUCAUUUCAGAUUUUCUCCAACAUUUCUUCACCUGUUCAGCCAGACGAGCACUUUGUUGGCGAGCAGGCGGUGCUGCUUACAUCCACAGGGGACUUAGAUCCAUGGAGGCACUAAGAGCUGGUCAGACUCCUACAACCGACACUCCUCCCAUACGCGCAGAAACGGCAACAGAAACCAGCAGUAUUGCUGCCAAAGAAUCAGCUGAGCCGGAGAAGACUUCACCUGCAGGGCUGUUACCUGGGGAGUCUAUGGUCAGGGAGGGCAAGGCAGCCAUCUUGUUUCCCAGUGCUAAUGAGGUGUUUUACAACCCAGUUCAGGAGUUUAACCGAGAUUUAACAUGUGCCGUGAUUACAGAGUUUGCCAGAGAGCAGCUGGCUCAGAGGGGCGUGACAGUGCUGGUGCCCGGAGAGAAGGAGCGAGUGGUGGUCUCUCUGUCGGAGAAUGAGGACAACGGUGAAGCCGAGGAGCCAAAUGGAGCAGGACAACCGGGUGGAACUGCAGCACCUGGGGAAAAAUGUGAGGGUGGCCUGCGAGUGUUGGAGGCGCUGGCGGCGUCAGGUUUGCGUUCAGUGCGUUUCGCUCUGGAGGUCCCGGGACUACAAAGUGUCACCGCCAACGACUUCUCAACCAAAGCGGCGGCCCUGAUCGUCAGGAACGCCCAGUACAACGGCGUGGACCAUCUACUCCAGGCCAGCUGCAGGGACGCCAGCAUGCUGAUGUACGAGAUGCGAAAGAAGACUGAUCGCUAUGAUGUUAUCGACCUGGAUCCUUAUGGCAGCCCCGCCUCUUUUGUGGACGCUGCCGUGCAGGCCGUCAGCGAGGGAGGUCUGCUGUGUGUAACGUGCACAGACAUGGCUGUGAUGGCGGGAAACAGCGGUGAGACAUGCUACAGUAAAUAUGGCUCCAUCUCCAUCAAAGCCAAAUACUGCCACGAGAUGGCUCUUCGUAUAAUCCUCCACAGUUUGGACCAGAGGGCGGGCGUGUACCAGCGAUACAUCCAGCCCCUGCUCUCCAUCAGCGUCGACUUUUACAUCCGGGUCUUCGUACGCGUCUUCACAGGACAGGCCACUGUCAAAAACUCAGCAAGUAAACAAGCUCUCAUCUAUAACUGUGUGGGCUGCGGCUCUUUCCACCUCCAGAGGAUGGGCAGGAGGACAACGCACGGCAAGAAUGUGAAAUAUUCGGCUGCCGUCGGACCCCCGGUCGGACCCGAGUGUGAACAAUGUGGACAGAGACAUCAGCUGGCCGGGCCCCUGUGGGCGGAGCCUAUCCACGAUGUGGAGUUCGUCCAGAGGGUUUUGUCUGCUGUCUCGACGAACCCGUCGCGAUUUGGGACAUCCAAACGCAUAGAGGGAAUACUGAGCAUGGUUACCGAGGAGUUGCAGGAUGUUCCUCUUUACUGCACGGUAGACAGUCUGAGCAGCACGAUGCACUGCAACACUCCUCCUCUGCUUCAGUUCAGGUCUGCUCUCCUCCACGCCGGCUUCAGGGUGUCGCUGUCUCACGCCUGUAAGAACGCCAUCAAGACGGACGCGCCUCCUGCGGCCCUCUGGGACAUCAUGCGCUGCUGGGAGAAAACCAAUCCCGUGAAGAGAGAGAAGCUGUCGGAAACAAGCCCCGCCUUCAAGAUCCUCUCCAAAGAACCCAGCCUGCAGGCCUGUUUCACUGUGCGAGCAGACGCCAACCCUCAGUCCCGUAAACGCCACCUGACCCGCUUCCAGGAGAAUCCUCAGGCCUACUGGGGCCCCAAAGCUCGUGCCAAGACUGGCGGCGGAAUCUCUACUGACCUGCACGACAAGAGCAGGAAGUGCCAAAAUAAGCGGAAGAACCAGAUGGGGGACUCCUCCGAGCUGAAGAACUUCCCCUGCAAGAGGUUCAAAGAGGGAAAAUGUACGUACGGCGACACAUGCUGCUACUCCCACGAGCCGAAACAUGAAGAUAAAACAGAGUAACUGUUUCUUAGAAUGACUUUUCUGUUUUAUGACUUUUAUUUUUGCAGUUGAAUAUUUCUGGCAUUCAAAAGCAGCUGUGAUUUUUUUUAUUAAAAAAUUAAAAGCUGUUAUUCGUUUCAUGCCAGAGUUUUGUUUUAGACUG